AUGUCAGUGAGCAGGCCAUUAGCUGGAGGAGGUCAAGGUUAUCAACACUCUCCCAGUCGUCGUCAUGAUGCCCUCUAUUACUACUUUUCCCGAUUAGUAGCUCCGAUAUGGAAUCAUGCUAUCUGUCGGAUCAGGAAUGGAGUUGAAGUUCUUUCUCUUUGGUCUACUGCAAACUCCUUUGAUCUCACGGCAAUUUCUGCAAGUAUGGAUCCUUCAAUUCUACCUGCGCUAGCUGGUCGAUCUUUCUGCCACUUGGCUUGCGAUGGUCAACACCUCAGCGGUGAUCUCAUUAGGGCUAUGAUCAAGUGA